AUGGCAAUGGCAACGGCAACGGCGACGGCAACCGGAACCUCUCUGUCAGGUGACUCCACUCUCUUCUCGCUGUGCACGUUUCUGCUCAGCGUCUACACCCUCGGCGUCUCGGCCGAUGUCUUCAUCUCCUCCACCGUCCAAGUCGCCCGGCGCCUGCGUGUCUCUGAAACGGUCAUCGCGCUGCUCACCGCCGGCGCCGAGUGGGAAGAGCUCGCCGUCGUGGUCGCCGCCGUCGCCCAGCGCCAGCCCAAAAUCGCCUUGGGCAACGUCCUGGGCAGCUGCGUAGCCAACAUCUUCGGCGCGUUCUCGCUGGGCGUGCUGGCGCAAAGACAGCCCAUCGUCCAAUACGAUGUCAGCGCGAAGAUCUACAGCGUCGUUCUCUUGGGCGUCACCACGGGCGUGGCGGUGCUCUGGGGAUUCGGCCAGCUCGCGGGCCACGUCUAUGGCGCGGUCCUGGUGGGAGGUUUCGUCGUGUAUCUGGUGGCUGUUGGCUGGUCCAUCUAUCGGGGCGUGCUGGAUGCGCCGGAGGAAUCGGAUGCGGAGUCGGAUGCUGGUGGUUCUUCUAGUGCGGGAUCGGAUGGAGGAGAUCCAGAGGGACGGGCCACCGCUGCUGGCGACGGAAACCCUCAUGAAGAACACUCGGAGGCGAACGAGUCAAGCGCCUUGCUGGGGCGUACGAGAUGGCGGCCUUCCACACUCUUGUAUCUGGUCAAGCUGAUCCUCGCCUUCGUCGCGCUCUCCAUCAGCGGCUAUGUCCUCUCAGAAUCCUCCCACUCACUGGCGGCAAGAUUCCACAUCUCCGAGACUGUCUUUGGAGCCACUCUCUUGUCCCUGGCCACCACCCUCCCAGAGAAGCUUGUCGCCGUCAUCAGCGGGUACCGAGGCCACCCAGGAAUGUAA